UGAAAUUCAAAAUUAGUGCCUGUCUGGGGACACAUAAGUUGAAUUUGUAUGGACUUGUAGACACACACUUUUUUCGAAGGUGACGAGGAGGGGAGAUGAUGGUGAACAACAGCAACAUCAAGACAUUGUCGACAUCUCCAAUGCCCCAUCAUCAUAAUCAUCACUUUGAACGAAGCCGAAGCCGACUUCGUCCAUGGCGUCGCAGCCGCAUAGGCACUGCGGCGGUGGCCGUGGCGGCACUUCUCCUCUCCACCACUGCAUGGCUCUCUCUCGUUUUCUCCGGCACCACCACCGACUGCUGGCACCGCUUCAAGAAUUGGGAAGCCAGCCCCCAUUCUUCUCUCCGCUGGGCCUGGAACAACCAAUCAUUUGUGUCAUCACCACCACCACCACCACCACCGUCGCCACCCACUCAGUCUCGCAAUCGCAGCCUUUCCGAAACGGAAAAGCAGGACGAAGAAGAGGAGUUGUCACUGAAACACAUCGUAUUCGGCAUUGCCGGGUCCUCGCAACUCUGGACUCGUCGCAGGGAAUUCGUGAAGCUCUGGUGGCGACCAGCCGAGAUGCGAGGACACGUGUGGUUAGAAGAAGAGGCAGAAGAAGCAGCAGAUAAUGGAUCGUUGUUGUUGUUGCCGCCGGUGAUGGUUUCAGAGGACAUAUCCCGGUUCCGCUACACGAAUCCGACGGGCCACCCAUCUGGGCUCCGCAUCUCCCGCAUAAUCACAGAGUGUUUUCGACUGGGUUUGCCCAAUGCUCGCUGGUAUGUGCUUGGUGACGAUGACACCAUCUUCAAUGUCGAUAACUUGGUAGCUCUUCUUGACAAGUAUGAUCCUUCUCAAAUGGUCUACAUUGGUAGCCCAUCUGAGAGCCACUCUGCCAACACCUAUUUCAGUCACUCCAUGGCCUUUGGUGGUGGCGGCAUUGCCAUUAGCCACCCACUUGCACAGGCGCUCUCUUCCAUUCUCGAUGACUGCCUUGAUAGAUAUCCAAAGCUCUAUGGCAGUGAUGAUCGCCUCCAUGCUUGUAUUUCUGAACUCGGAGUUCCUCUCACCAGAGAACCCGGUUUCCACCAGUGGGAUAUCAGGGGUAGUGCACAUGGUAUUCUAUCCUCACACCCAGUUGCCCCAUUUGUGUCUAUCCACCAUGUUGAAGCUGUUGACCCUAUCUAUCCCGGGUUGAGCUCUCUAGACAGCUUGAAACUCUUCACUAAGGCCAUGAGACUCGACCCUGCUAGCUUCUUGCAGCGAUCAAUUUGUUAUGAUAGACCACGGCGUCUCACUUUUUCUGUCUCGUUGGGUUAUGUUGUUCAAGUGUUCCCAAACAUUGUGCUCCCCCGUGAGCUGGAACGCUCGGAGGUCACCUAUACUGCUUGGAACAAAGUUCGUCAGAGGAAUGAGUUUGAUUUUGACACCAGGGAUCCAUACUCUUCUCUCUGUAAAAAGCCUACCCUUUUUUUCUUGAAACAUGUAUCAAAGCAAGGUAAUGCUACAUUGGGUUUGUAUGCGCGGGCCACACCAAGAGAUGAUUUCAAAAGAAGAGUUCUCUGCUUUCCUCGUUCACCUCCCCUGCGCGGUUUGAAAUAUAUUCAGGUCAUGGGAAAUCCACUGACCAAGAAUUGGCAUUUGGCACCACGUCGCCUAUGUUGCAAACUUAACCAAACCACUGAAGAAGGUCUUAUAUUAACAGUUGGACAGUGUGAGAAGGCAGCUUUCAGUUCUAUAACUGAUUUUCUGUGACUUUUGUUUGGGAUAGUGGUGCAUCGGUGUAUUACUCCUCAAUUAAUCUGAAUAUAUGAAUACUGCCUAAAAUGCAAGUGUCUCCACUAGCAUGCGCUUUAUCUUGUUCAGGCACAUUAACUCUACCUCUGUCUUUCAACAAUCAUUGAUAACUGAGAUAUGGACAAUUGAUAGUCCAUGCUUACAGAUUGUAGAUAUGAGGGCAUUUUAUUUUAUACAAGCAAGUUAAAUUGAAGAUGAGCGUGCAAUUCUUCGGCUUGGUAUUUACACUCUCUGCCUUCAAUUUUUCUUCAGAAGGAAAUGAAAUUGAUGUGAUACGUGGAUUAUGUAAGUUGGAGGGAAACUUUAGUUUGAGGAUGACAAGUUGCUGAGCUAAAGGUGGGGCAGCUGGGUUCAAAGUUGCAAUCUUGGUUGCUACUGGGGGCUUUGGCUUGCCUCUUGGCUAUGUUGAUGAAGAUGAACCCUCUAGUUUCAGUUCUUCAUCUUUAUGAUGUUGUAAACUCACCUGGUGUUACUGCUGAUAUUACUCACAUGGACACUGGUGCUGUGGCAGAGGUGUUGGGGCUUGAUCCUAGGGAAGUUAAUGUUGACAAUUUUGCCUCCUGUCACAAGAUUUGUAAAAAUGAAUUUUCAACUUCAACAAUUCAGACCCUGUUAAUGCAGCCAUCUAAGUAAUGCAUUUUAUAAUUACAAGCAACUUGCAGUUACCAAAGGGACUGAGGGAAAUUUGAAUUGGUCGGAGGCCUUUGGUGGAGAUUUUCUUUCUGCUUUCUACAGUACAAGCAACUUGCAGUUACUAAAGGGACUGAGGGAGCUUUGAAUUGGUUGGAGGUCUUUGGUGGAGCUCCAGUGACUAAACGAGAUAUUUCAUUCUGGCAAACUGAACGCGACAAGACUUUGAUGAAUAAUGGGCGGGAUGAAACAAAUAAUCCAACCAUUGUUCACAAACAAUGGUGGCUGAGCUUUGAGGAAUGAGAGAAAUUAAGAGAUCAGAGAUAUUGGUUAGAAGAGAGGUAAAGUGAGAGACUGGAAAAUGGAAAGGGGGGCUUGUAAGGAUAAAGGGUUUUAAUCAGAUGCGGGCACACGCACACAGAUAUAUAUAUAUAUAUAUAUAUGUAUAUUUUUUCUAAAAACUAAAUAUGUUUAACUCAGUUUUGCUGUGAGAAAUCACAGCACCAAACGUCAAAAAAAUUUUACAAGGUAAAACUGAUACCGACCAACCAUGUACAGAAACCAAUUGCGGCAGUAUUGGUUUUCUGGUUUUUAGUUGCACCCCUAGCUUUUCCCAUUACCUUUUCACUAUGAGAAAUAAAGGAAUUUUACUAUUUGUAUCUUUCCUGUGUACUUGAACAUUCUUCUCUUGUUAAUAAAAUAGUUUUAUUUAUCAAAAGAAGAGGAAGAAGAAGAAAAGACUAUUUGAAAUCAGAAUUGUACUUGUUAUACUACCGAUUGUCCCAAAAGCUUAAGCUAUUAGGAAAUAAUGAAUUUAAUCACUUAAUCAUAAGUUUGCCAGUACUAAUGGAAAAAAGUUUAAGCUUCCAGCAAUUUAUACAGUUCUUAGGGAAAGUAUGAACUCCAAAUUGAAAUCAACAAGAACAUCAUUACAUAGGAUCAAAGAGUUAUAGAAACAUUUUUAAACUGAAGAAAAAGUGCAUAAAAAUAUUCAAAAUUGGAUAAAGUUAUCCAGAUCAUGUGGCAGAACCUAAGAAGUCAUGUGACUAUUGAGUAGGUCAUAUGACUAAAAGAACACAUGAAUGUUCAUUUGACUUGCCACAUAGUAGGUUGGAGGAACUUUCCUCAAAACUUUGGAUGAAAAUUCUGUUCUUCAAAAUUCUGGUACGCAAAAAUCGGGCACAUAUCCACCAAGAAAAAUCAAAUACAUCAUGGCAAUUUACUUUUGGAUUAUUGAAAUCAUUUAUUUGAGUCAAAUUAAAGAAAGCAGUCUUUUAAA